GCUUCAGAACUCACUAAAGAUAUGGAAAUCAAAGAGACUAGAGACUUACAAUCUGAAAUUAGUUUAUCUUUGGAAUUCUCAUCUCAAAAAUUAGAUCCAACAAAACAUGUAAUGUAUAAACCUACAGUUGAUGAAAAACAUAUUAUGAAAAAACUUGAAGAAUAUAAAGAUUCUAUUGUAUUACCCAGUGAAGUUCUUGAUAAGCUA